AUGGAUGUGACACCUGAAGAUGCAGAGCGAGCGAUUGGCCAAGGCGCCACGAUUGCCAUCUACUUUGGCGCAGGGGAUGGCGGUGACUUACCUCCUGGGGUUGAGUUCGUUCACGCCCAGGCAAUUCAUCUCACGUGCCCUGAGUUCCUCCAGAGAGUUACUAAAUGGGGCAUCAUCUCGCUUCCACAUGCUCCCCAGGACGUCAGGAACGCCAUCGUCCGUUUCUUCUACACUGGAAGAGUCCCAUUUCAUGAAGUACACAAGUUUACUCUCCGCCGGGACGUCGAAGAGGCCUUUGAUCUUGGUAUCCAUGUGUACUCCCAGGCUGUUUACAGCGAGAUCACGAAAAUGAAGGAUCAGGCCACUGAGUACAUGAAGAGUCUCUUUCCGUACAUGGAGCCUUUCCUGAUGCUGGCCUACACUUACAGCGUUCUCGAUCCCCUGUAUCCUGAUCUCAACUAUGAGUGGGUUGAAGCCCAAGCCGCCCUUUGGAGCCCUAACGACGGCAACGACAAGCUCAUGGAGGCCCUUGAGGCCGAGCGUCAGGCGGAUCUGCAGAGCUUCAAUGAGUUUCUCAACCGCGGAGAGAACGCCUGGGUCAAAAUCAACGAAGAUGGCGAGGAGGAGUCUGGAGAAGAAUCCGAGCAGGAAACCGAGACUAAUGAAGAGCCCGAAGGUAAAACCGAGGCUGAAGAAACCGAGGCUGAAACAGAGUUGGAAACAGAGGAUGGGACCUAUGACAGCGACGGGAAGCUCAAGGUGAUCGGCGAUGAUGGCCUCAUCAACCUCGACCUGGCCAACUACCCACCCGGUGUUUACCGCUGGACUGGCUGGCAUAAUGGGGAUGGAGGUUAUCAGUAG